AAUUGUUCUUCCCGGAGCUCCUAACGCAAUUUCUCCCGCCAAUUCUCCAAAACCACCGGAGGAUUUCCGCCGUCGAUUCGCCGCCGGAGCAUCGCGCCGUUUUCAUCUCAUUGACACCGUCAAUGGAGAGUGGAGACAAUGAUAUAUGAUAUAUAAUAUAUCAACUCAUCCGCAGACAGUAGUUUUUGAAGAAGAACCUCAAAUAUUAAGCAGGGUUGAGGUUGAUGCAGAGAUAGGGUGUCAAAGUUCAGAUGAUUAUUCCUUGGAGAUGAGUCAGGAGACAACCAGUAAUGAGGAUGAGUGUCAGAGCCCGAACAUUUCUUCUAUUGACAAGAGUGAGCUGGAAAUAAAUGAGGAGGAGCAUCUUACUCAACAACUCUCUGAUGCUAACAAGAGUGAGAUGGAUGUUGAUUGUGAGCAGGAGUCUCAGAGCCCAAUUGGUUCCUCUGUUGAUGUAAUGAGGUCAGGAAUUUCUGUAAAAGAUGAAGAGGACACAUUUUUGGUACCAAAAGUUGGAACGGAGUUUGAAUCAGAGGACCAUGCAUACAGGUGUUACAGUAGAUAUGCUGUGUUGGAAGGUUUUAGCAUUAGGAAAGAUUUUGUGAACAAGAGUAGGAUAGAUGGUGCAGUUAUAUCCAGAAGGUACACUUGUUACAGGCAAGGCUAUAGGCCUAGUAAGCAUAAUUUGAAUGUGAGGAAGCCCCGGCAAGAAACUAGAACUGGGUGCUUGGCACAUAUGACAAUUGCUCGUCAACCUAAUGGAAAAUUCUGUGUUACCCAUUUUGAAACAGAGCACAACCAUGAGUUUGUAACCUCAUCUUCAGCUCAUCUGUUACCAUCACAGAAGCGGUUGACCUUUGCUCAGGCUGUUGAAGCUGAAUUAGCUAAUAAUUCUGGGAUGGAUGGGGUACCAAAGCUUGGAAUGGGGUUUGAAUCAGAAGAUCACGCAUAUGAGUUUUACAAUGCAUAUGCAGGACGAGUUGGUUUUAGUGUUAGAAAAGAUUAUGUAAAUAGGAGUAAGGUAAAUGGUGCUGUGGCAUCCAGAAGGUUCACUUGUUUCAGAGAAGGAUUUCGCCAAAAAGACAAGAGGGGUUUGAAUGUGAAGAGACCUCGAAAGGAAACAAGAAUUGGUUGUUUGGCCCAGCUGGUCAUUUCUCGUCAACCUGAUGGUAAAUAUCGUGUCACUCAUUUUGAAGAAAAGCACAAUCAUGAGCUUGUUGCAGCAUGUAGGGUUCGAAUGUUACGAUCGCAGAAGAGGUCAUCUGUAUCUCAAGUUUUUGAAGGCAAUGCACUUGAUAGUUCUAAGGGACAAUCAAAAUCAACCUCAGAAAUAUCAUGUAACUCAGCUGGAGAUUGUGUUGAUCAUGGAUAUGAUCCUGUUGAUUACAAAAGUAAAUUGUCUUCUAGGCGGGCUAGAGAAAUGAGAGAAGGAGAAGCAGGAAAAAUAAGGCAAUAUUUUCAAAGUAAGAAAUUGAAAAAUCCAUCUUUUUUCUACAAAAUGCAACUUGAUGCAGAAGAUCAAAUAACUAAUAUAUUUUGGGCUGAUGCAAAGAUGGUGGUGGACUAUAGUGACUUUGGUGAUGUGCUUUGCUUUGAUACAACCAACAGGCUAAACAGAGAUUGUCGACCAUUUUUCCCCUUCAUUGGGGUGAACCAUCACAAGCAAAUGGUUAUCUUUGGAGCUGCUCUUUUAUAUGAUGAAACUGUUGAUUCCUUCAAGUGGCUAUUCCAGACUUUCUUGGAGGCCAUGUCUGGAAAGAAGCCAAAGACAAUCCUUUCAGAUGAAGAUGCUGUACUGGCUGAAGCAAUACAUUCUGUAAUUCCAGAAAUCAGUCACCGAGUAUGCGUUUGGCAUGUAUACCAGAGUGCACUCAAACAGCUCAGCCACACGUUUUUAGGGUCACCUUCUUUUGUAAAUGAUCUAAGCAGUUGCUUUUUUGAUUAUGAGGAGGAAGAAGGCUUCAUUGCUGCAUGGAAGGUUAUGCUGGAUGUACACUGUCUUUGGGAGAAUGAGUGGUUGCAUAAGAUGUUUGAGAACAGGGAGCAAUGGGCUAUAGCAUACAGAAGGGAUAUUUUUUGUGCUGAUAUAAAAUCUGCACAGCUCUGUGAAGGUUUUAUUGCUAAUUUAAGAAAGCACCAAAAGCCUGACUUGGAUAUACUUUCAUUUUUCAAGCAUCUGGGGAAGGUGUUGAAUGAUUGGCACUACAAAGAGUUGGAAGCUAAUUAUGAAAUGAAUCAACAUAUGCCAAGAUUAAUGGGAGAUGUGAUUCUAUUGAAGCGUGCAAGGGAUGUUUACACACCAACGAUAUUUGACCUGUUUCAGCAAGAGUAUGAGACUUGUCUGAACAUUGUUGUUAAUGAAUGCAUUGAGACUGAAACAUCAUUUAAGUAUAAAGUUAGCAUAUAUGGGCAACAAAGAGAGUACAAUGUUACUUAUAACUUGUCUGAUCAGAAAAUUCUUUGUGGCUGUAUGAAAUUUGAGUAUGUGGGAGUUUUGUGCAGUCAUGCAUUAAAAGUUCUAGAUUACAGGAACAUUAAGUUGCUUCCCAGCCAAUAUAUCUUGAAGAGGUGGACAAGAGAUGCGAGACUUUAGAACUCAAAAGGCAUUCUUCUAAGUGUAUGACUUGAAGGACUAUUAGCGGCUGAAGGGUUAUAAGAUACCUGAACUGAAAUUGUCAAGUUAGUGGCUGUCUGCUGUAUUUUAUGAAGCAAAUUUGCUGUGAAAAUUUCAUGUAAAGGGAGAGCACACUAUGGGGAGGGAUUUUGUA